GGGUACAGAACCGAGCGAGCCCCCCCUCUCUCGAAUCGUUCCCCUGUACUCCUUCGCUCGUACACCCGCAACUCCCUCACGAACCCUCAACGCCGCCGCCAGUGACGCCGCCGCCGCCUGCUACCCCUCGUCGCCGGUCGGAUCCUCUCCUCCGCCUCCAGAUCCGGCCACCCCUGCCUCUUUCCCUCCGGAUCCCCAACUCAGCAGCGCUAAUCCUGCCAACAGCAAGGAGCAGCGACCUCCAUGGCAAUGGCGACCUGACUCGGACGCCAUUGACGCCCGAGACAACAGCCGGAGCAAGGAGCAGCAACCCCAAGGCCUAGCCCCUCGCCCAAACAUCAAGCAAAGCCCUCGCCGCCGCCGCCGCCCGCGUGGAGCUAGAAGCGGGAGUGGAGGGGCCAAAACAGUCCCACGAUGGAGUACGUCAACCCUCUCACGGGCUUCCGCGUCGAUGGCCGCCGCCCCAACGAGAUGCGGCAGCUCAAGGGCGAGGUCGGCGUUGUCUCCAGGGCCGACGGCUCGGCGCUCUUCGAGAUGGGCAACACCAGGGUCAUCGCCGCCGUCUACGGGCCCCGAGAGAUCCAAAACAGGAGUCAGCACCAAAACAGUAAAGAGGCUUUGGUGCGUUGUGAGUAUAGAAUGGCAGAAUUUAGCACUGGGGAUCGAAGGAGAAAGCCAAAAGGUGACAGGCGAUCAACAGAAAUUUCUCUUGUUAUUCGACAAACAAUGGAGGCAAGCAUAUUAACACAUUUAAUGCCACACUCACAGAUUGACAUAUUUGUCCAAGUUCUUCAAGCUGAUGGUGGAACCAGGUCUGCAUGCAUCAAUGCUGCAACUCUAGCACUUGCAGAUGCUGGGAUUCCAAUGCGAGACAUAGUCACUUCUUGCAGUGCUGGGUAUCUGUGUUCUACUCCUUUGCUUGAUCUGAAUUAUAUAGAAGACAGCGCUGGAGGCGCGGAUGUCACAGUUGGCAUUCUUGCAAAGAUGGACAAAGUGACUCUUCUGCAGAUGGACGCGAAACUACCAAUGGAUACAUUUGAGACUGUGAUGGACCUUGCAACUGAAGGGUGCAAAGCGAUCGCAACCUACAUCCGAGAGGUGCUAUUGGAGAACACGAAGCAGCUGGAGUGUCAGCGAGGCUAGUUAAACGAGAGCCUGUGGCACUUGAAGGCGGGUCUGUUGUGUAACGCUGAUUGAUGGCUUAUCUGCCUAGCAGAGCUAGCAUUGAGAGAAAAAAUGACACUGAACCUGUCAAAGAUAGCUGGACCAUCAUUUUCCCUCCUAAUGUAUGCUGUAGCGUGCAGGAGAUGACAUCUUGAUUAUGUGGAACUUUGAUGUUGAACUUGGUAUCCAUGUUGUACUUUUGAAAA